AUGCGAUUCAACACUCUAACGUGCCUGAUCGCUCCCACGUUCCUUACCACUCUAUCUGUCAAUGCUCUGACAAGUUUCGAGUAUCUUCAAGUGACCAAGAACUUCGCGGAUGCUUUUAUGCCUUCCAGCACGAGCGACUUGGUAGCUGACCUAAAUAUCAAAAGCGCAUUAUUUGCUGAAGAUGUUCAAGGUUCUGUUGACAUUGUCGGAAACAUCAAUGGUCGAGAAUACUCUACGGAUUUCCUGUUCGGUCUAUUCCUCGGUGCUGCUCAGAACCCUACUGUCCCUUCACCUGUCGGUGUACCCAUCUCAUACAAUGUUACAGCUGCCGCAGUGGAGCAUAACACCGUUUCAGCUGGUAUCAAGUUCGAACUUCAAUAUCCAAUUUUGAAUACUACAUAUCCUAUCGAGCUCGAAGCCUUCCUCACGAUCAACGACAAAAGGGAGAUCACUCAAUACGAUUUGAUCUUCCGACGAUGGGCCUGGGCGACCGAUACUAUCAUCCCUCAACUGACACCCUACAUGGCCAACUUGCUUGGGAUGUCCAAUGACAAUUCCACUCAGACCUUACAUCAAUUCUUGGCCUAUGCAACUUGUACUCAAACUAUGACUUACUGUACAGAUGGAAAUGCCCAGUACGAUACCUUGACGGAUUGUCUCGCCAAUGCUACUUCCUUGCCUACAGGCGAAUUUUACAGGGUCGGGGAGAAUAACCUAGCCUGUCGAGCCGUCCAUUCAUCGAUGCUCCAGCUCAACCCGGAAACCUACUGUCCAGCUAUGAGCCUUUCGGGAGGUUCAUUCUGCAUCGAUAGGGAUUAUACCGAGACUGUCAGAGGUGAUCAUUUCACCCAAGGGUUCUUGGCUCCUAAAUACGUUACACCAGAGAACAAGAAAUUGGUUCAAGACGUUUGGGCAUCGAGUGAGACAUCCGAGCUCAGUGGUCUCCUCGAAUUAUCAAUGAGUGGCCAAGAUGCACAUUCCUGGGAUGCUACUUGGUAUGCAACUAUGACUUUUGUUUACUUCGUCUUCUAUUACUUCUUCGCCAAAGUUACCGACUUCAUGUUCGCACGAUUCAAUAACGCCUACAAGGACUUGCCUCGAGAACUCCAGAAAAACGUAACAAUGUACUUUAUGACUAUCAUCUUCACCGCUGUCGCUCUUGCCCUUCAACUCGUCGGUUCACCAGGGUUCAAGGGAGAAUGGCAUCUAUGGGAAUUCAAAUGCGUUAGAUUAGCAGGUGUACUCACAGUUGCUUUGUACCUUUUCGAAUUGAUCUUUAGAUUUAACAUGCGUUUACCUCUUGUCGCACAUCACAUACUCACCAUCUUCGCCAUCUCCCUUGGAGUUACGACGAACGAGUAUACUCAGAACCCAACGUUCAUGCUGAGUGGUAUCAUCUGGUUAUUCCAAGCCACAACUGAACAGCCCACUUUCAUCGGCUUAAUGGGUUACAGAUUGAAAUGGAAGAAAGAAACCGUAGCUUUGAUCCUUAAAAUCUCUUCUGUACAAACAUUCAUCUUUAAGGCUGCAAGUGCUUUAGCUCUGUUGGUGUACUGGGGACUCCACCAGAACUUCAACUACAACUCCAUCGAUAGAGUGUGGUCAGUCUUCGUAUGGAUCAUCGCGAUUGGUCUUUUCCUUACUCAAAUAUGGGGAUCAUACGUGACUUAUAUAAUCGGAGUGAAUAUCCUCAAAAAACGACCUGGUCCUCCAAUCAGAUUGGAAUCCAACGAUUCAUCCUCAUCCAAUACGAGUACCGAUAUCGAUCUUGAGAAAGGCCAAAUAACAAGCUCUGUCGAGGAAGAAAAACGGCGAACCGGUCGGACAGUCACUCCUGUCGAAGUGCCUACUUUGGGAUAUGAUGGGAAAUCGGAAAUUGGGACAUCUUUCACUAUGAGUAAAACUAUGUCAUCGAGUGCUUCGACUGUUGUGGAUCAAUAG